GAGCUUCAGUCCCAGAUGGCCCCUGAUUGUAGGGCCAGGGUCACUUUGGAAUCUGUGCCUCCCUGGCACAGGCAGAGAAUGACCCAGCAGAGCAGCAGCACAGUGCUUUGGGAAUGUGUGAGCCCAUUAGUCUUUGAGUCUUGGCCCACAAAGGUCAUAUGGGAAGUUGAAACCCAUCUUCUCUUGCUUUCUGUGCAGCUCCUUCUAGAGAAAGAGAAGGAGCAGACUGCUUCAUCAGAAAUGCCAUGCCAGACUCAGGCAGAGCUGUUCCCAGCCCAAGAGCAGGAAGAGCAGCUCAGGCAGCAGGUGGAAGAGCCACAGGAGAAUGGCCAGAACAACAAGGCAGAGCCACAGGCAGAGCUGCCCGAAGCUCAGAGUGCCAUCAGGGUAGUGAAGAGGAGGAACAAGGAUGACAUGAGAAAAAUUCAAGAGGCGUUCAAUCUCCAUCAGCAGAGGGGCGAUCAACAAAACCAGGUAAGUGAAAGAGUGGCAGCCACUCCACUUACGAAACAUCCUCUCACUUGUUUAUUAGAGAAUAUGAAGCAACAGCUGGACACAGAGUUCCAGAAAGCUCACAUUAGGAUCAAAGCAUUGGAGAAGAGGCUGGAGGAAGAAAUGAAAAUCAUCAGAGAGAAAGCUAAUCGCCUCCCUCAGGCUCUAGAAAAGCAAGUGAGUGAAAGAGGGAUAGCCACUGCAGUCAGCAAACUGGUGGUUUCUGCCCUUCUUGCCUUUCCAGGGCAGAGCAGCAGGGAGGGGGGUGAUGCCUCUCAGUGCCAUCCUGCUGUAGUGUGUAUCACGGUCACUCUGAAGGACAUUUCCUGGUGUGCUGAAUCUCCACUGCUGCCCUGGAUAGUGGGACUUUCCUUUGGCCUUCUGGCCAGCACUCAUCCAAAAUAAUCCCUGCUGGCCUGUUCCUGCUCUCGUUGUUUCUCCAAGUGUUUUUACAGGGGAACAUGGUGACCCAGAUGGAGGAUUGAAACAAACUGUCU